AUGCAGGGACAAUAUUCUAGUGUUCGAUCAUAUGUCCAAGAAAAAAAUCCAAAUGCUAUUUACGUUUGGUGUUUUGCACAUGUGCUGAACUUGGUUGUUGUCGAUACAUGUGAUAAAUGUUCAAGUGUUAGAAAUUUCUUUGGAGAAGUUCAAAAAACACCAUGUGGAAUAAAGAACUUCUCUACCACUCGUUGGACUUCGCAUGGCCGUGCAUUAUCAGUAAUAAAUAAAAAGUACUUGGCAUUUAUAAAGACCUUGGAAGAGUUAAUUAACUCAACAGAUAGAGAAACCUCUUCAACUGCUUCAAAUCUUUACAGAAUAAUGACUUCAUUCAAGUUUAUUUUGAAUUUAUUUUUAAUGGAAAAUAUAUUUUCUCAUACUACUCCAUUAUCAAUUUAUUUGCAAUCUUCAUCUAUUGAUUUCAUUCAAGCAAUCACUAUGGUAGAUGUUUGUGCUAAAAAAUUAUUUGAUUUAAGAAAUGAACAGAGUUUUAAUGAUUUAAUUACAAAAACAAAAUCAUUUGUUAAUGAAAUUGGAUUAGUUGAAUGUGAUUUGCCAAAUAUACGUAGCCGCCGUAGGAAGCUGUUGCCUGGAGAAGUUGUUUCUGAUGAAGUAAUGACAAAUUCUUAUGACCAAUUUAAAAUUGAAGUUUUUUAUGUAGUAUGGGAUCAAGUAAACACUUCUAUUAUAAGUAGAUUUGAAGGUGCUCGAGGUAUAUUGUCUAACUUGUCAUUAUUAACUUUUGAUCGAUUAAAGUCAACUAGCGAGGGAACAGAAAUUUCCGACGAUCAUUUCAUUGCUAUUCGCACAAAUAAUGAACUUAUCAUCGAAAGUGAAAAUGAAAAUACCCCUGAUUCUGACUCUCCAGAUGAAAUGGAUGAUGAAGAAGUAAUUAGAAAAAAAUUAUCAGCAACCGAGAUACUUAAAAUGCUUUGUUCUUAUAAUUUAGUUGCAGCAUUCCCAAACCUUUUUUUAUUAUAUAAAUAUUUAUGCACUAUUCCUACAACAUCUGCUGCAAGUGAGAGAUCGUUCUCGAAGGAUAUAGUUUUAAAUCCAGAAGAAAUUGUGAACAAAUAUGCUUUUACCUCUUCAGUUCUACUAAAAGAAUUAUUGUUUAAAUAA